UUGAAGUGAAAGGUCCACACAGCAACACAAAGUGCAUGAGAAAUGUUUUAGAUUCCUCACCACCACCGUUCAACACACUUUUUCUUUUUUUUAAGGUUUGAUGAAGGAAAGCACACUGGACAACAAGGCUCGCACCCAGCUCUGGUAUUUCCCAGUGUAUGCAAAACAUUGAUGAAUCUGGUGCAUCCGGAGGACACCGGCCACUGAACAAAAUGAACAGCUCUUCUGCCUCGUCUCUGCAGCCCGAAGUCUCACUCAAUACCACUCCUAGUCACAGUUCUGUGUUUUUACUCUCAGCCACAUCUACUCAAACUUCCACUCCAAACCCAACUGAGUGUUCCUUUGACGACGCAGUCCUUCGUCUGCUACUACCUCUUAUAUAUUCACUGUGUUUCCUCCUUGGCCUAGUCGGUAACCUAUUUGCUUUGUGGGUCUUCAUUUUUAUUCACACCAGGCGAAACUCGGUACGUGUGUUUCUCAUCAACUGCGCAGUGGCAGACCUUGUCUUCCUAGCUUGUCUACCCUUCCGGAUCUUCUACCACAUUAAUGGAAACCAAUGGCCCCUGGGACAUACAGCCUGCAAGCUUGUAGGGAAUCUAUUCUACAUGAACAUGUAUAUUAGCAUCAUCCUACUUGGGCUUAUAAGCCUGGACCGCUACUUGAGGUUGCAGAAGAAGGGCAGAGUGAGUAGAGACCAGAGGAUGAGACUCAUGGACUGUAGAUGGCCGUGGAGUAAGUUGGCAUGCGGGGCACUUUGGGCCGUGUCAAUAGUGGCAUCGGUUUCAAUGAUUGCUACAGCGGAAGACAAAGAAGACAAAGACAAAUGCUUCCAAUUCAAGAAACGGCGUCAAGCCAGUGGGAAAGCACACUUCAAUUACAUGCUGGUGGCUUUGUUCUGGCUUGUCUUCCUCAUGCUCAUAGUGUCCUACGCAAAAAUUGCUUAUCAAUUGAUAAAGGUGUCGCAGGACAAGCCAGAACUUCCUAAUGCACAACGAUACAAACGUACUGCCAAGAAAUCCUUCUUUAUCCUCUUCCUGUUCACUCUAUGCUUCGCUCCUUACCAUACUUUUCGGCCCUUCUACAUUCAAUCCCAGCUGGAUUCGACAGUCUCUUGUGACACGUUGCAACUGGUAGACAACAUCAACGAGGUCAUGCUGUUAUUCUCAGCUUUCAACAGCUGUUUGGAUCCUGUUAUGUACUUUCUUUUGUCUGGCUCAGUGCGCAAAACUGCCUUCCGUACUCUUGAACACCAACUUGGCAACCGAAUGUCCAAUCUAAAUGAAGUCACGUCCAACAGCUCAACAACAGAGAGCCGAAGGCCUUCAAUACUUAUGCCUUUACCAAGUGUGGACUGCGGUCCUCGAAGGGUAGACUUAAUUUCUAAAAGUGGUUCACGGUAAAUAUUUAUUAUACAUGACGAAUAAACGUGUCCUUGUUGGGCUUCUACGAACACCAUCAAUGUGUAGUGGUCAUGUGUCUGCUGUGUAGCU